UUCUCUUUCUUCAAGAAUCUUCUCAGGUCUGCCCGUGCACACAGUUAUUCAAGUUCGAGCUCAGUUUUCAGUCUCAAAUCACCAUUUCAAGCUUCGAAGCUUGCCGUUUUUGUCGCUACAAUUGCUUCUUCUGAGUUUUGUUGUAAACUUCAUGAUUAUUGUUACACUGUGUUCAGCUGGAGAUGUCGAAUUUCGCUCCUGCGCUGUUUGUUCUUCUCUUGAUGAUCGGUGGAAGCUACGGAGCGACUGCUCAUUUCGCCUCUGGUCCGCACAUUGCGGAUGUGAAUAUACUGUUGCCUCCCAAGAUGACUAAUCCAGUAGAGUAUAGGCUGCAAGGGAGUGAUGGUUGCUUCAAAUGGUCUUGGGAUCAUCAUGAUAUUCUUAGUGUUCUACCAGAAUACAAUGUAAGUAGUCACUGCUCGACAAGUGCUCUGCUGAGAUCUAUUGCUCCUUACAGUGGUCGCAAGGAGACCGCUGUUUAUGCUGCUGAUGUACAAACUGGAAUUGUAAUUCGCUGCAAAGUUUUUAUCGACAAAUUUUCAAGAAUCCAAAUAUUUCACAAUUCUAUCAAACUUGACUUGGAUGGGCUUGCUACACUUCGAGUCCGUGCCUUUGACAGUGAAGAAAAUGUGUUUUCGUCAUUAGUGGGCUUACAAUUUAUGUGGCAUUUGAUUCCUGAAACUGAAGGAUCCUCGCAUCACCUAACUCAUCUCCCCUUGAAGGAUUCUCCUCUUAGUGAUUGUGGUGGGUUAUGUGGAGACUUGAAUAUUCAAAUAAAACUGGAAGAUAGCGGCGUAUUUUCUGAUCUAUUUGUUGUAAGAGGAAUUGAAAUUGGCCAUGAAAUUGUUUCUGUGCAUUUGCUCGAACCAGAUGUUAAGCACAUGGCCGAUAAGAUUGUUCUGACUGUGGCAGAGGCAAUGUCACUUGAUCCUCCCUCACCUGUUUUUGUCCUCGUAGGUGCUACUGUUCGUUACAGUCUUAAAGUUAUUCGUGCCAACAUACCCCAAGUGGUCACAUUACCAUCUCCACACUACCGAUGGUCUUCUUCAAACUCUUCCAUAGCUCAUGUUGCUUCUGACCUGGGUUUGACAAGCGCUCUAAGAUUUGGUGUUACAGCUGUAACUGUUGAAGACACUAGGGUUGUUGGGCACAUUCAAAUGUCAUCAUUAAAUGUUGUCAUGCCAGAAUCUUUACAUUUGUACAUUACUCCUUUGCCUAUCGUCGACGAACCUGUUGAAGGAAUAGAAAGAUCUGUAUCUCUUGCCAAUUGGUAUAUUGUUUCUGGUCGUCAAUAUCUCAUUCAAUUGAAGGUUUUCUCACGUGGACCUGAUGCACAAGAAAUAUACAUUACAGAGAGUGAUGAUGUUCAGUUAUAUGAUAACCAAUCCCAGUUCUUGAGAACUUACCUUUUGACCAAUGAUCUUGUACCUAAACGCAAAUGGCGAACUUCAAGAAUUUUGCAAGCUAUUUCAAAAGGACAAGGAAUGUUGACUGCUUCACUGGCUUACUAUGGUAGUGAUUAUGAAACUAAGGAGGUUCUCAAGAUUGUGCAAGAAGUUGUCAUAUGUGAACGUGUAAGAUUCAGCUUCGACAACAGAAAUGGAGUAUCAAGAAACAUCUUCUUACCUUGGACCCCUUCUGUUUAUCAGGAGGUGUUACUUGAAGCUACUGGUGGUUGUGCUAAGACAUUAAGUGACUACAAAUGGUUUUCGUCGGACAUAAGUGUUGUCACUGUAUCUGCUUCUGGAAUUGUUCAGGCAAAGAAGUUCGGUAAAGCAACUGUUAAAGUGCUGUCUAUUUUUGACUCCUCAAAUUUUGACGAGGUUGUAAUUGAAGUAGCCCUGCCUGCAUCCAUGGUGAUACUUCCCAGUUUCCCUGUAGAGACUGUUGUGGGAUCAUAUCUUCAAGCAGCUGUCUCAAUGCAGUCAUCAAAUGGUGACUAUUUCUAUCGAUGUGAUGCUUUUAAUUCCCAUGUAAAGUGGAAAGUUGAGAGUGAAUCUUUCAAAAUUCAAAAUAAAACAUGGGAAAUGCCUGUACUAGACGUGGUAGAAAAUGUUGAGCCACGUGGUUUUUCCUAUGGCCCUCCUUGUUCAUGGGCUUCUGUCUAUGCUUCUGGUUCUGGUCAUACUGUGCUGCAAGCCACACUAUAUAAAGAACAUCAGCAUUUUGAUCUCUCUUUGCAUGGGCCUAUUUUAUUAAAAGCAUCUGUACAAAUUGCUGCUUAUCCACCUCUCCGUGUUGGGUACAUUGGUGAUGGUAGUCAAUUUGGUGGCUUUUGGGUUGAUCCGACUCCAACAGAAGUUGAUAGUUUGGAAAGUCUUGAUAAGUUACAUCUUGUUCCUGGAACAUGUUCUAAUGUCAUGCUUCGUGGCGGUCCUGAACAUUGGGGUCGAGGUGUUGAAUUUAUUGAAUCUGUUGAAAUUUUGGAUGAAGAUUCUGUUGGCAAGGGCGGAAUUUUUGUGCACCAAAUAUCUGAAAAUUAUGGUUCAUAUCAAAUUCAAUGUCAAAGACUAGGAACCUAUACCCUUCAAUUUAAACGCGGUAAUUUGAUUGGAGAUGGCCAUCCGACACCUGCAAUCGCAGUAGUUCUGGUCUCAGUCAUGUGUGGAUUCCCUUCUUCGAUCGUCUUAAUUGCUGACGAACCUGUGAAUAAAAUUGACGUCAUACGAACUGCAAUUCUAGUUGAUGGGGGUUCAGUGAGACAUCGUGCUGCUCCUGUUACUGUGGCUAAUGGUCGCACUAUAAGAAUAGCUGCAGUUGGUGUUAGUGAUUUAGGAGAGCCUUUUGCAAACUCAUCUUCUCUUCAUUUGAGGUGGGAACUUAGCAGUUGUGGAAGUUUAGCUUACUGGGAUGAGCGGUAUGAUUCAAAGAGGUCUAAGUAUAGUUGGGAGAGAUUUUUGAGAUUGCGAAAUGAAUCAGGAGAGUGCAUUGUUCGUGCAACUGUCACCGGCUUUAGUGACGCUGUGAGGAGCGAUUAUUCUGCCCAGUGGCUUGAUAAUGCAGAUAACCUUUUGACAGAUGCAAUACGUUUACAGCUUGUUUCUACUCUAAGAGUUCACCCAGAGUACAAUUUGCUGUUUUUCAAUCCGGAUCUCAAGGUAAAUAUGUCGAUUACUGGAGGGAGCUGUUUCUUGGAUGCUGUUGUGAAUGAUUCUCGUAUUGUUGAAGUUAUUCAACCUGCUCCAGGUAUACAAUGCCGAGAGUUAGUGUUGUCACCUAAAGGAUUGGGAACUGCGCUUGUGACGGUUUAUGACAUUGGGCUCACUCCUCCACUAUCAUCUUCAGCUGUGGUUCAUGUUUCCGAUGUAGACUGGAUCAAGAUUAUCUCUCAAGAAGAAAUAAGCCUUCUGGAAGAAGGCUUUCAAGUUGUUGAUUUAGCUGCUGGGAUUAGUGAUGGAAGUACUUUUGACUCCUCCCAGUUUGCGUACAUGAAUAUUCUCGUUCAUAUUGAGGAUCAAAUAGUUGAGCUUGUAGACACUGAUGAUUCUAUGAUUACUCGUCAUGGGGUGGUUAAAGCUCCAAGUUUCAAAAUUAAAGCUGUAUCACUUGGGACAACUACUCUUUAUGUGAGCAUUCUACAACAAUCUGGACGUGAAAUAUUAAGCAAACCAAUAAAGAUUGAAGUCUAUGCACCACCAAGAGUUCACCCACAUGAUAUUUUUCUUUUUCCAGGUGCAUCUUAUACGCUCACAGUCGAAGGUGGUCCAACAGUUGGCACAUACGUUGAAUAUGCAAGUUUGGAUAAUGCAAUUGUGAAUGUUCAUAAGUCUUCUGGGCUACUUUCGGCAGUUUCGUCUGGGAAAUGUAAUAUCAGUGCAACUUUUUUUCGUUACGGAGGCUCUAUUAUUUGUCGAGCAUAUGGAAACAUUAAAGUAGGAAUUCCGUCCAGUGUGUUGUUGAAUGUACAAAAUGAACAACUAGGUGUUGGGAACGAGAUGCCUAUUUAUCCCUUGUUUCCAAAGGGUGAUGUAUUUUCCUUUUAUCAAUUGUGCAAAGGUUAUAGUUGGACUAUUGAAGAUGAAACGGUGUUGAGUUAUAGAUUGUCAGAGCGCCUCAGUGGUAGAGACCUCAAGCCUACUUCAACUGUUCUAGAGGAUGUUCAGUUAAUGAGUUAUAUGAACGAGGAGCUUGGCUUUAUCAAUAUGGUAUAUGGAAGAUCUGCAGGCAUAACGAAGAUUGCUGUAUCGUUCCUGUGUGAAUUCACUUCUGAUUCAAAAAUAGAAACAAAAAUUUUUAAUUUCGGCANUGCUUCGGCGUCUUUAUCAGUGAUACCUAAUCUUCCCCUUGCUCUUGGAGUUCCAAUCACCUGGAUUCUUCCUCCCUACUACACUUCAAGCAAAGCUUUGCCAUCAUCCUUGGACUCAUAUGGCCACUGGGAGACUCAGAGCCGAAAAAGAACUAUAACAUAUUCCAUAUUAAGAGGUUGUGGUGAAAAGGAUGAAGAUGCCUGGAAGGAUGCCAUCUCCAUUCAUGGGGAAAGAAUAAAGACUGCAGAGAGUAACAAUAUUGCAUGCAUUCAGGCAAAUGAUCGCUCUUCUGGAAGAAUGGAGAUUGCUGCUUGUGUCAGAGUGGCAGAGGUCGCCCAAAUAAGGUUAACAAAUCAGGAAUUCCCUUUCCACGUGAUCAAUCUUGCUGUUGAUACCGAACUUCGUCUUCCAAUUAGCUACUAUGAUUCUCUAGGCAAUCUCUUUCACGAGGCUCAUGAUGUUGUUCUCUUUUACGUGGAAACUAACUACCCAGAUAUUGUUUCUGUUAAUUAUUCGAGAGAAGGCAAUGGAUAUAUUUAUUUGAAGGCAAGGCAACAUGGUAGAGCUCUUGUCCAAGUAUCGAUUGACAAGAAUCCAGAAAAGUCAGACUAUAUAUUGAUUUCAGUUGGUGCGCUAAUACAUCCUCAAGACCCAGUAAUUAUUGUUGGUAGUCAUCUCAACUUCAGUAUAAAAGGUUUCAAUGGUCAACUUUCGGGCCGGUGGACUACAACCAAUGGAAGUGUUUUAUCUGUGGAUAUGCUAUCUGGGAUAGCUGAAGCAGUUGGUCCUGGUUCAACCGAAGUACUAUUUGAAGGUUCGAAUUUGAACUUAAGGACAACAGCAACAGUACAGACUGGGUACAUUCUGUCCGUGGUUGCUCCAGCUGAAAUUUUGACAAAUGUUCCUUUCCCAGCAAAAGGAUAUAACUUCUCUGUGAAUUUCAGGUUUGUAGAUUUGUAUUCAUGUGAAUAUAAGACAUUAGAUUUCACUGUCACUGAAUUUUGGAAAUAUCUUUGGUCAGUUGUGUUUNACUUGGCACAUUCAGCCCCCAAGUCGAAGGCCAUGAGACCAGAUAUAUCUGUUACUAUUUAUGCUUCAUCUCGAGAAGGCAGCCAAAUUUCUGGAUCUGCUUCUGCACUUUUUAUUGGGGGCUUCUCUGUUAUGGAGAUGGGCAAGAGUGCAACGCAAUUGAUUCUGACUCCCGAUUCGAACAAGACUGUUAUAACUAUCUUGGGGAAUACAGACGUUGAACUUUACUGCCAUGAACGGGAUUUGGUCAUCGUUGGUCCUAUUUCUAAAGAAGAUUCUGGGGUUGGUGGUCAUUCAGAGUAUGAAGUGAAAGCAAUGGGAACGAAGAGAUUCAAAGACAAAAUUAUUAUCACAUUAGCCGCCAACGGCCAAAGAACAGAAAUUGAUGUCUUCUAUGAACCCAGAGAAAAAGAAGUAUCAGUAGCCGCCUUUGGUACAACGACCAUUUGGGCUACAAUACUUGGCUCUCUGUUCUUGCUCAUAUUAACUAUUGCUUUAUUUAUUUGUUUCCUGGACAAGCCUAACAGAGCUCAGCCCUCUCAGCCCUCUCGUCCUGCCACUACUCAUACUCCAACUAUUACAGCACCCGUCACGCCCGAUCGCAGCAGCCCUGUUCUUUCGAAUGAACAGUCUCCUCGAACACCACAACCAUUUGUAGACUACGUAAGACAAACAAUUGACGAGACUCCAUAUUACAAACGUGAGGGAAGACGGAGAUUCAACGUGCAAAAUACCUUCUAUUUGGUUAUUGAUCCAAGAGACUCGAUUGUUGUGGGAGUCUCUCACUUAGAAUCUCUCAUGAAUAGAAGUUUAUCGACUGAUCUGGCUCUUCAAUUGACGAUGUACUGCCCCUUUACUUACCCAAUUCCCUCGUUCCCUUGUCUUUACCCUCUCUCUUCUUGUUCCUCUGCUCCGUUAAUGUCGGAAAACUCCAUGGAUUCCAAGGGGAAUGAUGCUGCCACUAAUGGCGAACAUGAGGACGCCAAGCCCUUGAACCACAAAGACGAUGGGAGUAGACAUGAUCCUCCCUCUCAUGGCGACGGAGCGAGUGCGGGGAAAAUCUUCGUUGGAGGUUUACCGCGGGAAACGACUUCUGCACAAUUUGUUAAACAUUUUGGUGAUUAUGGAGAAAUUACGGACUCUGUUAUAAUGAAGGACCGGAAGACUGGACAUCCCCGCGGAUUCGGGUUUGUGACUUAUGCUGAUCCCUCUGUGGUAGAUAAAGUCAUUGAGGACACACAUAUUAUUAAUGGGAAACAAGUGGAAAUCAAGCGAACAAUACCCAAAGGAUCUUCCAGCUCUCGUGAUUUCAAGACCAAGAAGAUUUUUGUGGGCGGAAUUCCUACGUCUGUAGACGAAGAUGAGUUCAGGGACUUUUUUAUGCAAUAUGGUGAGGUUAAGGAACACCAGAUUAUGCGGGACCACUCCACUAGUCGGUCUCGUGGGUUUGGUUUUAUUACAUUUGAGACAGAGCAAGCAGUUGAUGAUCUCUUGGCAAAUGGAAACAGACUUGAGUUGGCAGGCAGUCAGGUGGAGAUCAAGAAGGCAGAGCCAAAAAAGGCUAAUCCACCUCCACCCCCUUCUAAAAGAUACCAUGAUUCAAGGCCAAGUUACAGUGGUACCUAUGGGGAUGCAUAUGGGGAGUUUGGAGGUGGUGGGUAUGGUGGUGGUUUUAGGGCUGGUGGACCGUAUGGUGCUCGAGGUGGUGGAUAUGGUGGAUAUGGUGGAAAUGAUUUUAGUGGUUAUGGAAUGUAUGGUACUGGUGGCAUUGGAGCUUACAGAGAAGACCCCUCUAUGGGGUACUCUGCUCGUUAUGGAGCAGGCUUCAGUAGAGGUUAUGAUUUUAGAGGUGGUUAUGGUGGACCUGACGAGAGUUAUGGUGCAUAUAACAGCAGUGCUGCUCCUAAUACUGGUGGGUAUGCAGGUAGCUAUGAUAUGGGCAUUGGCACUGGAUACCCUUCCGGUGGUAGAGGCUCCUUUUAUGGAAGUAGAGGAGGAGGCGGAGGAGGUGGUGGUGGUGGAGGAGGAGGAUAUGAUGGUGCAGGGAGUGCUCCAAGUGGUCGAUAUCAUCCGUACGGACGGUAGUAACUAGUGGUGGGGAACCUUUGUUAAUUGAUGUGCUACCAGGACGGCAAUGCUGAUAAGUUCCCGGUCCUCAAAAUUAUGAUAAAUAUGUGUGCCUCUUACCGUCACAAGAUUCCUGCCAUGUUCAUCAUGAUCACAAUUUUCAGAGAUUUAGAAUUUGACUGUACAAUUGAUUGUGACUAACUUGCUGGAGAUUGUGCUAAGAUUAUGUAUCACCCAUAUAUGCCAUUAAUUUCUCCAUUUUGCUAUCAACAUUUACGUUGUUUUAUUGACAUGGUUAUUUUGAAGAAUGUUUAAUGAAUUGGAAUUUUUCGGUUUCCUUCUA